UUCUUGUUGUUUUGCAGUUUGGCGCAGAAGAUCGUAGCCACCUACCAGUUGUGUUCAGAGCAGCUCUCGUCCCAGUCCCAUUAUGAUUACGGCAUGAGAGCGGUCAAGUCUGUGUUAACCGCUGCUGGGAAUCUGAAGCUGCGUUACCCAGAUGAUGAUGAGGGUGAACUCAUGUUAAGAGCUGUGCUUGAGGUCAACCUCGCUAAGUUCUUGGCGCAGGAUGUGCCUCUAUUCGAAGGAAUCAUCUCGGACUUGUUUCCUGGUACCAGCUGGCCCAACCCAGACUAUGGAGUGUUGAUGGACGCUCUCAGAGAAAACUGCAAGAUACGUAACUUACAGGCAACAAAAUGGUUCCUCAAGAAGAUCAUACAGGUCUAUGAAAUGAUGAUUGUCAGACAUGGUUUCAUGAUAGUGGGAGAUCCAUUGGGAGGAAAGACCAUGGCUUUUAAGGUGCUUGCAGAUGCAAUGUCAGAUCUUCAAAAAGCAGGAUAUCCCUACCAAAGGGUGAUUUACAAGAUUAUCAACCCCAAGUCAAUAAGCAUGGGUGAACUGUAUGGCUGCUUUGACCCAGUCUCCCACGAGUGGUCAGACGGUGUUCUGGCUAACUCCUUCAGAGAGCAUGCGUCGUCCACUACAGAGGACAGGAAGUGGCUGAUCUUUGACGGGCCUGUAGAUGCUGUGUGGAUUGAGAACAUGAAUACUGUGUUGGACGACAACAAGAAAUUGUGUUUGAUGAGUGGUGAAAUCAUCCAAAUGAACAACAGACAGAGUUUGAUAUUUGAGCCAGCAGAUCUGGAACAAGCUUCUCCUGCUACAGUCAGUCGGUGCGGUAUGAUCUACCUUGAACCACACCAGCUUGGCUGGGAGCCUUUAAUGGAGUCCUACAUGAACACGCUUCCCAAGAGUCUGAAUGCUGAGCAUGUGGAAACCAUCAGAGCUCUGUUCAUGUGGCUUGUACAACCAUGCCUGUCUUUUCUCCGUCACGAGUGCAAGUUCUUUAUCAAUACCUCCAACAUGCAUCUUGUGAAUUCCUUCAUGAAUCUCUACACGUGUUUGCUGGAUGAGAUCGUCGCGCAGGAACACGCGGAAGGCGCUGACAGAAUGUCAAGCUCACAGAUAACCAGCUGGCUUCAGUGCCUGUUUAUCUUUGCCAUGGUGUGGUCCAUUGGUGGAACAAUCAACGGUGACAGUCGGAAGAAGUUUGACGCUUUUUUCAGACUGUUGAUUAGCGGUACGGAUAAGGACCAUCCCAAACCAAACAACAUCAAGAUGACCAAGCAAAACGUGUUUCCUGAUCGUGGUACUGUGUACGACUUCUAUUUCGUAAAGCAAGCCAGUGGCUCAUGGAAUAACUGGAUUGAAAGAGUGGAUAAAUCUAAAAAUGUCAUUCCCAAGGAUGCUAAGGUAAAUUGGUUUUUUAACAGGCGUCGCAAAGGAGUGUACGGUCCCCCUCCCGGCAAGAAAUGCGUUGUGUUUGUCGAUGAUCUCAACAUGCCGUCCAAGGAGAAGUAUGGUGCCCAGCCUCCCAUCGAGUUAUUGAGACAGUGGCUGGAUCAUUCUCACUGGUAUGACCGUAAGGACACUUCUAAACUGGAACUGAUGGACAUGCUCUUCGUUUCUGCCAUGGGUCCCCCCGGUGGAGGCCGUAAUGACAUCUCAGAUCGAUUCACCCGACACACGAAUAUCAUAUCCAUUGACUCGUUUGAUGACAACACCAUGACUAAAAUCUUCACCUCCAUUGUUGACUGGCAUUUUGCUAAAGGAUUUGACGCGUCCUUUGGAAGGCUGGGAAAGAUUCUUGUCCAGGCCACGAUGCACGUGUACAAGUCUGUGGUGGAGAAAUUCCUCCCUACUCCUAGCAAGUCGCACUACGUGUUUAACUUGCGUGACUUCGCGCGUGUCGUGUUUGGCGUGCUCCUCGUUCCCUCCACGCACCUUCAGGAGGGAGACAAGUUGAUCCGACUGUGGAUCCACGAGGUGUAUCGCGUGUUUUAUGACAGACUGAUUGACAGCAAUGAUCGAGUCAUGUUCUUUGACAUGAUGAAAGAGACGACGAAACAGCAGUUCAAGAAAGACAUGGACAGUCUGCUGGAGCACAUUGUACCUACAGGGCAAAAACUCAAGGACGAUCAUAUCAGGAGUUUAUUUUUCGGUGACUACAUGGUCCCUGAUAGUGCUGAGAGAAUCUACGACGAAGUCACGGAUUUAGCGCACCUGACACAACAGAUGGAAGGGUAUCUUGAUGAAUUUAAUCAGAUGAGCAAGACACCUAUGUCUCUUGUCAUGUUCAAGUUUGCCAUUGAACACAUCUCACGUGUCGCUCGAGUGUUGAAGCAGGACAAUGGACACGCGUUACUUGUUGGUAUCGGUGGAAGCGGUCGUCAGAGUGCCACACGUUUAGCCACCUUCAUGGCGGACUAUGAUCUGUUCCAGAUUGAAAUCACGCGAAACUACACCAAGAGUGAAUGGAGAGAAGACGUCAAAAAGAUGUUGAUCAAGGCAGGUGUGGACGGUAAACAGACAGUGUUUCUGUUCAGUGAUAAUCAGAUUAAGGAAGAGUCAUUUGUGGAAGACAUUAACAUGAUUUUGAAUACUGGUGAUGUACCUAACAUCUUCCCCGCUGACGAGAAGGCUGAUGUUAUUGAAAAGAUGCAGACAGUAGCUAGAGUAGAGGGCCGGAAAAUUGACGCUACCCCUCUGGCGAUGUACAACUUCUUCAUUGAGCGCGUUCGAGCAAAUCUUCACGUGGUGUUGGCUAUGAGUCCCAUCGGUGAUGCCUUCAGAAGCCGAAUGAGAAUGUUUCCUUCACUAAUCAACUGCUGUACUAUCGAUUGGUUCCAGGCUUGGCCUGAGGAUGCGCUGGAGAUGGUGGCCAAUAAAUUCCUUGAAGAAGUGGACAUGACGCAUGAGGUUCGCAAAGAGUGUGUCUUCAUGUGCAAGUAUUUCCACGAGAGCGUCAGAGAAUUGUCUGACAGCUUUUACCAGUCCUUGAGACGUCGAAACUACGUGACGCCUACAUCGUACCUGGAACUUAUCAUGACGUUCAAGAAACUUCUGGACAUCAAACGCCAGGAGAUCAUGACUCUUAAACAACGUUACGUCACUGGUCUGGAAAAACUGGACUUUGCUUCCUCCCAGGUGUCCGUCAUGCAACAGGAGCUAAGUGAUCUGCAACCGGAACUGAUUAAGACUUCGGCGGAAACGGAAAAGCUGAUGGUUAAAAUUGAACAGGACACGGUGGAAGUGGAGGCGAAAAAAGAGGUGGUAGCAGCAGAUGAGGCGGUAGCCAGUGAAGCUGCCGCAGUGGCAAAAGGCAUCAAAGAUGAAUGUGAGAGUGAUCUGGCUGAAGCCAUGCCGGCACUGGAAGCAGCCAUGCAGGCUCUGAAUACACUCAAGCCCAGUGACAUUAGUAUGGUCAAAACUAUGAAGAACCCACCCGCCGCCGUUAAGCUGGUCAUGGAAGCCGUGUGUAUCAUGAAAGGAAUUAAGCCCGAACGGAAACCCGAUCCCUCGGGUUCGGGACGGAUGGUGGAAGACUACUGGGGCCCGUCACAGAAGAUGUUGGGAGACAUGAAGUUCUUAGAAUCAUUGAAAGUUUACGAUAAGGACAACAUUCCAGCUGCUAUUAUUAAAAAGAUCAGAGAAAAGUAUGUAACCAACCCUGAUUUUGAUCCUAACAACAUCCGGUCAGUGUCUUCUGCCUGUGAAGGAUUGUGUAGAUGGGUUCGUGCCAUGGAAGUCUACGAGAGAGUAGCUAAGGUUGUUGCUCCUAAGAAAUUAAAGCUUGCUGAAGCAGAAGCAGAACUUGCAGUACAAAUGGAGAAGUUAAAUGCCAAAAGAGCUCAACUCAAGGAGGUCGUUGAUAAACUUCAAGCAUUGAAUGAUGAGUUCGACGUUAUGACCAACAAGAAGAAGGAGUUGGAACAUAACAUUCUGAUUUGCGAACAGAAGCUAGAUCGAGCAGAAAAACUGAUUGGGGGACUGGGUGGCGAGAAAGACCGCUGGACCGAAGCUGCGCGUGUGCUUGGCGACAGAUACGACAGGAUCACUGGCGAUGUGCUUCUGUCCUCAGGCGUGGUUGCAUAUCUGGGACCUUUUACUGUCGACUUCAGGAAUGACUGUAUAUCUGGCUGGGUAGAGCAGUGUAAUGUGAAGAAGAUUCCUUGUUCAGAGUCAUUCUCCCUGAACGCAACUCUUGGCAGCCCUGUGAAGAUCCGUGCCUGGAAUAUUGCCGGUCUCCCUGUGGAUUCCUUCUCGGUUGACAACGGAAUUAUUGUGGACAACGCGCGAAGAUGGCCGCUUAUGAUUGAUCCGCAGGGUCAAGCCAACAAAUGGGUCAAGAACAUGGAGAAAGAAAACAAACUGUCAGUAAUCAAACUUUCUGACUCCAACUACAUCCGCACCUUGGAAAACAGUAUUACGUUCGGUACACCAGUGCUGAUGGAAAAUGUUGGAGAGGAACUGGAUCCUAUCCUGGAACCACUACUCCUUAAGCAAACAUUCAAACAAGGCGGAGUUGAGUAUCUCAAGCUUGGCGAGAACAGCAUCGAGUAUUCACGUGACUUCCGGUUUUACAUCACCACGCGCCUGCGCAACCCGCACUACCUGCCGGAAAUCUCAGUCAAGGUGACACUAGUCAACUUCAUGAUCACCCCCCUGGGGCUGGAGGAUCAGUUGCUAGGAAUUGUGGCCGCGAAGGAGAAACCAGAGCUGGAAGAAAAGAAGAACCAGCUUAUACUGGAAAGUGCUGCAAAUAAAAAACAGCUCAAAGAAAUUGAAGACAAGAUUUUAGAAGUGUUGUCGUCAUCUGAGGGAAAUAUCUUGGAGGAUGAAACUGCCAUAAAGAUUCUCUCUUCAUCAAAAGUUCUCUCUGAGGAAAUCUCCGCAAAGCAGGUACAUAAAUUCUACCCGAAAAUCUCCGAAUUUGAAGAGCUUCAUUCGACGGACAAAGUCGAUGAUCAAGUUUGGAGGUUCCUUUUAACCGGAGGAGUUGCUUUGGAAAACCCGUUCCCAAACCCGUGCACGGAGUGGUUGAGCGAAAAAGCCUGGUCCGAGAUCGUGAGGGCAUCUGAUUUACCCAACUUGAAGGGUCUCAAAGAUAGUUUCCCAGAUCCUGGCUGGAAAGUGUUUUAUGACUCGGCCACACCCAAUUCUGAGAGAAUGCCGGAUCCAUGGGACGCGGUAUCAGGACUUGACCGGUUGGUGAUCCUGCGUUGCCUUAGGCCUGAUAAGAUUGUUCCUGCAGUUCAGGACUAUAUCGUGGAGAACAUGGGUCGUUCGUACAUUGAGCCGCCAACAUUCAACCUACAGCUGAGUUACAAUGAUUCCCAUUGCUGCGCGCCACUUAUCUUCGUGUUGUCGCCUGGGGCCGACCCAAUGGCUGGUCUGCUUAAGUUCGCCAGUGACAAAGGAUUUGGAGGAAACAGGAUUCAGACGAUUUCACUUGGUCAAGGGCAGGGUCCCAUUGCUGCCCGCAUGAUAGAACAGGCUCUCAAAAAAGGUACCUGGGUUGUGCUUCAGAACUGUCACUUAGCAACAAGCUGGAUAAUCGAACUUGCCGCCAUUGCAAGAAGCUGGGCAGCCUGGUUCAAUGUGAUUGGCCAAUUGAAAUAGAACUCUCGUUCAUCAGCUGAUCUUUUGUCCUAAGUUUGAGAGGUGAAAGAAACGCAAAGGUGCUCUGUAUUGAUUAGUUUUAUGACAAUAUCGUUAGCAAGUUGACUUCAUAAAACUUUUGUGUUGCCAUUUUAGCCCGCUCCUUGGGAGAAGCUGUUGUUUGGUCUUUGUUUCUUCCACGCUCUGGUGCAGGAGAGAAGGAAGUUUGGCCCUCUGGGGUGGAACAUUCCUUACGAGUUCAACGAGUCAGAUCUCAGGAUCAGCAUGAGGCAGUUACAGAUGUUUUUAAACGACUAUGCUGAAGUCCCUAUGGAGGCUCUGACGUAUCUGAUUGGUCAGUGUAACUAUGGUGGUCGCGUGACUGAUGACAAGGAUCGCCGGCUGUUGGUGUGCCUGUUGUCUAUUUUUGUAUGUGAAGAGAUUAUAGCAAGCGAUGAUCACAAGUUCUCGGACAGUGGUACAUAUUACGCGCCAUCCAAAGGAGACUAUGAAUCAUAUGUGGACUACAUCCGGGACUUACCUCUCAUUCCUCACCCGGAGGUGUUUGGUCUUCACGAGAAUGCUGACAUCACUAAGGAUCAGAAGGAAACUCAAGAGUUGUUUGACAGCAUCUUGUUAACCCUGCCCCGUCAGACCGGCGGAGGAGGGAAAUCCUCGGCUGAAGUGAUCGAUGAACUGUCAGCUGACAUCUUGUCAAAGUUUCCUCCUCCUUUUGACAUGGAGAUGGUGAUGAACAAGUAUCCUGUGGUUUAUGAGGAGUCCAUGAACACUGUGCUAAGACAGGAAUUGAUCCGGUUUAACCGGCUCACCGAGGUGGUGCGAAGCACGUUGUACAACCUGCAGAAGGCUAUCAAGGGUCUGGUUGUUAUGUCAGGUGAUCUUGAAGACGUGUUCAACAACAUGUUGGUCGGCAAGGUCCCGGCUGUUUGGGCUGCAAAGUCCUAUCCCUCCCUAAAACCACUAGGAAGCUAUGUCGCCGAUCUGUUGGAAAGAUUGACGUUCUUCCAAACCUGGAUAGAUCAUGGAGUGCCAAACGUGUUCUGGAUCUCAGGAUUUUAUUUCACUCAAUCAUUUUUAACAGGCGCACGCCAGAACUUUGCCAGGAAGUACACCAUACCUAUUGAUCACGUGGGUUUCCAGUUCGAGAUGACAAACAGCGAGAAGGAAAUGGACAAUAAGCCUGAGGAUGGUGUUUAUGUCUACGUACGUAUUAUAUUAAUCACGGACUACGAAUUUGACAUUCUCCUACUAUCCUAAUAGAGCGUUUUCAGUUACGUGGCCAGCAGUCAUGCAAAUUUAGUGGAACAAAAAAGUGGUUUACGUAAGAAAAGAGUUAAACUCCCACAGGACCGGUUUGGUACACGAACAUGGCCGCCUUUUCAUUCUUUUGGAACACCAUAUUGGCUGCCGUGACGUCAUGUGAAACACUCUAUGGGAGCAAACCAAAACCAAUCGUGACUAAGACUAGACACGUUUUCCCGCGCUUGGCGCCGAUUGCAUGAAUCCACCUCUUGUUGUGAUUGUUUCGUUGCAUAACCUGCCUUUUUUGAAUGGUCUGAUAUGAUUGCUUUUGUUUUGGCCGAACAAUCACAAAUCUGCUCCAUCUACAGACUUGGGUCAAUUUUCAUAUUACUAGUAGAAGUCUUUAGAAGUCUUUAUUAAGAAAUCAGUCGCAACAUACGUGUGGCUUUACAAUCAAUAACAAACUAAGCUAAACUAGAAAAAAACCUAUCAUA